AUGUCCACCCUCGAAGAUCUCGAUGACCUCGAGCGCGAGGACCAGGACAAGAAGCAGCAGCAGCAGGGCGAUGGCGGUGACGAGAAGAAGCCCAGCGGCGAUGGCGAUGCCGAAAUGAAGGAUGCCAAGAAAGAAGAGGGCGAUGAGCUUCUUGAUGAAGAACUCCUUGGGGCUAGCACAGAAGACAUCAAGAAGAGGCGACGACUGCUAGAGAACGAACUACGAAUCAUGAAGAGCGAGUUUCAACGGUUGACGCACGAGCAGAAUACGAUGAAGGAAAAGGUUAAAGACAACUUGGAAAAGAUUGAAAAUAACAGACAACUACCAUACCUUGUCGGAAACGUGGUUGAACUUCUAGAUCUCGACGUCGAGGCCGAGGCUGCCGAAGAGGGCGCCAAUAUCGACCUGGAUGCAACUCGCGUUGGAAAGUCGGCAGUCAUCAAAACAUCAACUCGCCAAACCAUCUUCCUCCCACUCAUCGGUUUAGUCGACCACGAAAAGCUCAAGCCUGGCGAUCUUAUUGGUGUUAACAAGGAUUCGUAUUUGGUCCUUGACACUCUGCCGGCAGAGUACGACAGCCGUGUCAAGGCUAUGGAAGUCGACGAGAAGCCUACGGAGAAGUACACUGAUGUUGGUGGGUUGAGUAAACAGAUCGAGGAGCUUGUAGAGGCUGUUGUCAUGCCCAUGCAAGAAGCCGAGAAAUUCACAAAGCUUGGAAUCAAGGCUCCCAAGGGUGCUCUAAUGUACGGCCCCCCAGGUACAGGUAAAACGCUGCUUGCGCGUGCCUGCGCUGCCUCGUCGAACGCGACUUUCCUCAAACUUGCCGGCCCACAACUUGUACAAAUGUUCAUCGGUGACGGUGCCAAGCUGGUUCGCGACUGCUUCGCUCUGGCCAAGGAGAAAGCGCCGUCGAUUAUCUUCAUUGACGAGCUCGACGCCGUUGGCACGAAACGAUUUGACUCGGAGAAAUCUGGCGACCGUGAAGUGCAACGAACCAUGCUUGAGCUCCUCAACCAACUGGACGGAUUCGCAUCGGACGAUCGCGUCAAGGUCCUCGCGGCCACCAACCGUGUCGACGUCCUCGACCCUGCCUUGCUGCGAUCUGGCCGUCUCGACCGAAAGAUCGAAUUCCCUCUCCCCAACGAGGAAGCACGUGCCGAAAUCCUGCAGAUUCACUCGCGCAAAAUGACCACCGACGACGCAGUCAACUGGGCUGAGUUGGCCCGCAGUACGGACGAGUUUGGCGGUGCGAUGAUGAAAGCCGUGUGUGUCGAAGCUGGUAUGAUUGCAUUGAGGAAAGGAAUGAACAAGGUCCACCACGAGCAUUACGUAGAUGCCAUUGCCGAGGUGCAAGCCAAGAAGAAGGAUACAAACAUGGGAAUCUAUGUUUAG